GGGAGGAACACAAAUUGAGCCGCCAAAGCAGAAAUGGUGUGUCAAUGUGUGUUGACUGACAUAACGAACAGCUGGAGAUGAAACUCUUGAAAGAAAAAAAAAACAACGAGAUGGCAAAAGUGUAUAAAAACACACAUUUACCAUUCAAAUUACCAGUUAAUAAUCAUCGCAGCGGUUGCAAGCUAACCAGCGAUGAAAGAGAAAAAUCACUUUGCAAACGUAUGUACAAUAAUGUACGAACGCUUGGUUCGAUGGGACAAAAUCCGAAUGAUACAUUACAAGACCACACAGUUGGUGGCAGGACUCAUGAGAAUCAUAGGGUUUGACGGUGUGAGAAUAACUUACCAUAGAUAAAACCUUUGAAAUCCCACCAUUCAUUUGACUGCGGCCAUGCUGGAGCACCACAUUUGAAUUAAUCAACUCCACCUUGUUCCAGCAAUGGCUGAUGAGACAACACCAAUUGGCGAGCCCUUGACGGCCAAAUACCGAAAUUCUUUCGCUUACACCACAAUAAAAGACAGGUUACCAGUCAUCCUGAGCAAGAUCGCCGACAGCUUGUGUCGCAUGAAAGACCAGGUGAAGGCAGACUACGGCGAGAAAGGAUGCAAUGAACUAAAAACCAUUAUUGGUUGCAUGUCGAAGCUGCGAAACGAGGUGCAAACUGACAAAACCCUAAAACCCAUUGAGGACCAGCGUUCAGAUGUCAGCCAAUGGAAUGAUUAUCUAGUCGAGGUGAGGAAUUUGGCAGCUGGUAAUGUGAGCAGCUCUAGUAGUUCUGUAGAAGACAGUAGUGCCAACGUGUCAUGGUUUAACGAGCGGUGGCUGUAUGUCGAGUGCUACAUGUACCGCCGAGUGCAGGAAGCAGUGGAAUUAUGCGAAGUGCUCAACCAAUUGGAUGUCUUCCAGCAACAGAAGCAGAGCGCUUUGCUCUCUUCGCAACCGGCUAUUGACGGAUUACUGUCUUUCCUGGACGACUUACUGUCCAAAUUGGGGCCCAGUAUUUCGGACUUUGACCUACAGGUGGCAUUCAAACAUCUCAUCCAAGUCGCAUUAUGGAGCAACAAGUGCGACUUGUCCAUAUCUGCCGGUGCUGAGAUGAAAUAUCAGUUUAGUUUGCUUGAAACUCUUAAAAUACUCAGUGAUAAUAUCCUCGUUGAUGACACAAGUUCCAUAUGGAAUCAACUGGAGAAGAUGAGGCAUCCAAGUGACUAUCCAACCUCGGCUCGCAUUGACAUCGUUUUGGACAACUCUGGCUACGAAUUAAUUACCGAUCUGUGUCUGGCCGAGUUCUUCAUCGCAUCCGGUCUCGUGACAACCGUCCACUUUCACGGUAAAGCUUUCCCGUGGUUCGUAUCGGACACGACACAAGAGGACUUCUACUCAACGCUCACCAAGCUGGAGCAGUCUACUGAUGAAGUUGCAGCUCGGUUUGGACAGAAAUGGCUCAAGCGUCUCCAGGAUGGCUCGUGGCAUUUCACGGUCCACGACUUCUGGACAUUGCCUUACACAUUUGAUCAGAUGAAGUUGCGCUCUCCUAAUCUCUACAACCAUCUUGCUGCUAGCAACCUCAUCCUCUUCAAAGGUGACUUGAACUACCGUAAGCUAGUAGGGGACAUAAAUUGGGACACGACGACCCCUUUCUGCGAUGCCCUCCGAGGUUUCCAUCCUGCUCCUCUCUGUGUUCUGCGGACAAUAAAAUCUGACACAGUGGCCGGAUUAAACGAUGAUGUCAAGACAAAAGUGUCCAACACUGAUGCCCAAUGGAUGAUCAAUGGUAAUUGGGGUAUUAUAUCUUUCUCUGACCAAAUCUCUUGACCAGCCUACUGGUCAGUCAGAAUUUUUUUAAGAAUAUGUCCACUGUUUUCUGCAGGACAACACCACCACUUGACUGAUGUCUUGAUUCCUUAAACCAAAACACGCACUUUAAGUCUGUAAUGUAUCUGACCACUGUCCACUCCUGGCUACUACUGCUGCAGCCAUCUUCUGGACACUUCUGUCAACCUGCUACUCCCAAUUCCCUUCUCUUUUAAUGCACAAACAUACACAGACACACACACACACACACACACACACACACACACACACACACAC